CCGUGAAACCCGCCCCUGACGUCACGCGCGGCGACGGCGAUGGGGCCGGGUGGCGGUGUGGCGCUGCGAGUGGGGUCGCUGCUGUGGCGCGGGGCAUAAUACCGGUCCCAAGUUUGACAUUGAUAUGCUGGUUUCACUUCUGAGGCAAGAAAAUGCAAGAGACCUUUGUGUGAUCAAGGUUCCUCCAGAAAUGAGAUACACUGAUUACUUCGUGAUCGGCAGUGGAACGUCCACCCGGCACUUACAUGCCAUGGCCUUCUACAUUGUGAAAAUGUAUAAACACCUGAAAUGUAAAAGUGAGCCUCAUGUUAAGAUUGAAGGAAAAGACACUGAUGACUGGCUCUGUGUGGAUUUUGGCAGCAUGGUGAUUCAUUUAAUGCAUCCAGAAACCAGAGAAACGUAUGAAUUAGAGAAAUUAUGGACCCUACGUUCUUAUGAUGACCAGUUAUCUCAGAUACCGCCAGAGACAUUACCUGAAGACUUCAUUCUUGGACUAGAAGAAGAGGACACUUCCUUGGUGACUCCAGUGGAGUUCAAAUGGUAUCUGGAAAAUGAAGCUGCACUUGGGGCACUUUAUAGAUGAGGAAUGAUCCAUAUAUGCAGAUUUGACUCUCAGAGCACUGAAUGGUGUCAUCCGGAACCAUGAAGGGUCCAAGGCCUUUGUGGGGCAGAGCCACCAUGCAGCCCUGGACUGCUUACCUCCAGACUGAUUUUCCUGGGAAGAGAAGUUAAUUCGCUUCGUUUAAGCCACUGUUGUUUGGGAUUCUCUGUUAUAAAGUGGAAAGA